UGUCUCGGCAGUCGAUCAAUCCAAGCCAUUUCACUGUGUUUUGAAAGAAAGCCAGACGCCAUGGGAAGCAAGGGUCUUGAGAGUGUGAUCAUGUGUUUACUCAUACUGGGGCUAGUCCUGGAACAGGUCCAAGUAGAGGGCAAGAGUUGCUGCAAGAGCACCUUCGCAAGACACUGCUACAACUUCUGCCGUCGCAAGGGUCCCCCGGUACUCUGUGCAAAAGUAUGUGGUUGCAAAAUCAUCCGUGGUAACAAAUGCCCACCUGACUACCCUAAACUGAACCUUCUCCCCGACUCCGGUGAACCAGAUACCAUUGAGUACUGCAACCUGGGAUGCAGGUCUUCCGUGUGUGACAACAUGAACAAUGGUCAUGGCGGCGAAGAGAUGAAAAUCGACGUGGAACGCUGCGGUGAUGCAUGUGACAGUUUCUGCAACGGGGACGCUGGCAUCGCAUCCGUUGCUGCCUAAUAAUGCAUGUGCAUGCACUGAGAUUCCUUGUCGAAGGCCAAGGUCAUCACGCGAUGAAUAUGUUCGACAAAAUUGGAUCUCAUCGAUCGUAUCCAAGCCUGUGUGUCAUCUUUAUUUAUGUAUGUGUGUGUGUGUGUUUUCCUUUCUUUGUUCUAAUAAAGGUCAUCACGAUGGAUGCCAUGUUCCUGCCCUGAUGUGCUCAUCUUGAUCUUUGAUCGAGAUAUAUAUGUUUACCCUUGGCCAAUUAAUAUAAAAACUACAAGUACA